AAAUUAUUGGGAGCUGGCUAAAGAUUUAGGGAGGCCCCAUAUUGAAUGUCUCAGCAGUAAGUUUUAGGAUGAUAACUCUUUCAGUGGGUCGCCAAAAAAUUUUUCCUAAACUUUUAAUAAUGAUAUCUAUUUAAAGUUUCAAUCUAAAAAUAUAAUACAGUGGGGCCUUGGAAUCACAAAUAUUAUUUAUGGCAAAUUUUCACUCAAAAUUCAAACGCUGCUUUGGAAUUUGAACCCCCAGGAUGUUUUUCAUGGGAUUUUCGUGCAUAUAUUUCACCAGCGCUCAUACAACUCGUAUGCUUUGUCUUUCAGUUUGUUGUAAGAAGCUGUAGUGAAAGUAUCAUGUGUUAGUUUCACUGCCAACCGUAUGCUUUUGUAUCUGUUUUGUGUUAUUUUUUAAAUAUUAUUUGCCAUGGGUCCUGAAAAGUAUAGUGAGGAAAAUAAGAGUAAGAGGACAGCUGACACAACCGCAAUUGAAUUUAUAAAGAUGUUUUAUAAAGAUGUUAUCACUAAGCAUUUGGCUGAUUGUGCUUCUAGAUUUGGGAUGCCUAACUUUUUUAUGAUUUUGAUCAAUAAAGUAGUUAUCAAAUCAGGAGAUUGAAAAGUAUAGAAGAGAUUGAAGAAACUCUUCUUAGUUUAGAUUAAUGAAAAACAGCUGGCUGUUGAUGUGAUUUGUGAGAAAACCAAGGUCCCUUACCAAGGUUUAGUCAAAGAAAUGCUUGAAAGUUAGUAGGUGGUGGUUCGAGAACUUUAAGAAAAGGACUGGGCUCCACAGAGUUUGUGGGAUCCAGUUUCGAUUAUUUUAAAGGAAAAAAUUGUCUUGGAACACAAACGAUAUGGAACUCGAUCAUUGGGGGAUUCAGGAACGUAUUAAAUUCAGAUUCCAAGGCCCCACCGUAUGCUUAUUUUUAAUUCAUUAACUCAACAACAGCAUUUGGUUGGCCAUGGCUAAUUUUUUUAACAAAUCAAAACAAUAAAAACAAAAGAUGACCCUCAACUAAUUAUUGCUAGAAUUAGAAAAAAAAAAUAUGCUUCCUCAUAAAUCUGUCAAGACUUUAUAUCUUCAUGCACCCAUGAAUUUUAGCUGUGAAUUAUUGAAUUUUUCACCAGUUACGGAUGAGGCCAACAGUGAUGGCCUGGAAGUUGCAACCCUGGAAUGUGAAGGAAAUGAGAGCCAAAGUAGUGAAGACACAGAUGAGAGUGAUCAUAAUUAUGAACAUCUGCAUCAGGUAAGUGAAUGAAACAUUUUAUCAUAUAACCCAAUUCUGAACCUUUUAUUCUGAAAUAAAGUCAUUGGUGAGUCUAGGAAGUGGUUUUGAAUCUUAUGAGAGGCAUUCAAGAGUUAAAUGUUUGAACCUUAUGAGAGGCAUUGAAGAGUUAAAUGUUUGAAUCUUAUGAGAGGCAUUGAAGGGUUAAAUGUUUGAAUCUUAUGAGAGGCAUUGAAGAGUUAAAUGUUUGAAUCUUAUGAGAGGCAUUGAAGAGUUAAGUUUUAGAAUAUUAUGAGAGGUAUUGAAGGGUUAAGUUAUUGAAUCUUAUGAGAGGUAUUGAGGGGUUAAGUUAUUGAAUCUUAUGAGAGGCAUUGAGGUGUUAAGCUGAGGAAAGAGAUUCUGGGACUUGGAAGACCCAACGUAGCCCUGAUAAUAUUUUUACUUAGAUUUGUAUCUAAGGCCAGGCUCAAACAUAUAACUUUGUCAAUUAUUUGCCAGGCAAGGUUUUAGCCAGGCUAAAUAAAGGACUUCUGGGGUAAAACUUACAUAAUUGAUUAUAAGCAUUUUAUAUAAGGAAAGAGGGGGGAUAAAACUGACCACUUGAUUGUAACAUUUUAUAUUAAGAAAUGGGGGGGGGGGGAUAAAACUGACCAAUUGAUUGUAACAUUUUAUAUAAGGAAAGGGGAUUAAACUGACCAAUUGAUUGUAAACAUUUUAUAUAAGGAAAGAGUGGGGGUGCGGAUAAAAUUGACCAUUCACUGUUUAGUUUCAUAUUCCUUAAUACUCAUAACCGCAGAUUAAUAUUAUUGAAAUAAUUUUUUUAACUUAUAAAAACUAUUUUUAUUAAACAGGAAAUGGUAGGGGCCAUUUAACCACAUAUUCAUAAAGAUCUAAACAUGAAACAUUUAAGAUUUAACACAAAAAUUAGCCCUUAUAGUACUAAACUCACUCAUUCCUGUUGGAAGAUGUCAAUUUCAAAUAAAGGUCUCAUAAACUUUGUUGGACCAAUCAGAAUUCAGCUUUUGUUUUCAGGGUUUCAAGAGAAACCAGAACAUAAUAUAUUUGGGAGGAGAUUAAAAUUGUUGCAAUUUGGAAAAAAUUAUGUUUAAUAUUAAAAACAGAGAGAAUCAGACAUACACAGUCAGCUUUUAUAGUUUUAGAGUUUUUAAAAAAAAACUUGUAUUUUUUGUGUCUGAUUAAUUUCAGAUUUUUGUGACCAAAAACCCAGUUCUGUGCCAGGAAGUGGAGAACAGCUUUGUUAAACUUUGCCAGACUCCUAAAUGGCUGUGUGAUCAAGUGGCUGAGAGAGCAGAGGACAUUCCAAAUCAACUGCAGGCAAGUUAUUAAUUUUUAUAUAAAUUUUAUUUAAGUCAUGACCACAAUGUCCUUGGAAGUAAGAAUAUGAACAUGGCCUGGGAUUAAAAUUUGUGUCCACAAAAAAAUAGCUCUCACAUGACAUCUGCAAGUACAAAAAGGAAAUAAGGAACAUUGUCAUAUGUUUUUAUUCCUUAGUUUACAUAACACAAAAGGAAGUCUUUUUUUGUUAAAAAUUUAUUAUCAUAGUGACACUGUGAAGAAUAUAUCAUUUCUUGCAACACCAUCAUUGAACAGGUAAGAUUGAUAAUCUUUAGGUAAUUUUUUAUAUAAUAUGCUUUUGUUGUUAUUGCAUAAGCUCAUGUGAGAAGCUGUAAAUAAGUGCAAAAUUUUGUAAAUUAGAGUAAAAAGAUUUAUGUGAACUAAAUCUCACUAUAAACUAAAGACAUUGAACAUACCAAUUAUGAUGUUGUAUAACUAUGUUGUUACAUAUCGUUAUUGUUUGGAAGAUUUAAUUUGUGUUAAGGUUUUAGCUCAUACAAUAAAAAAUACGCAACAAAGGACUGAGAAAAACAGUUUGUAAAGAAAACAAUAACAAAGAUAGUGAUACUUACAAUAGUGAAUUUACGUAGUGAUACUUACAAUAGUGAAUUUAAUUAUACAAAUAAAUAUCUAUAAAAAUACGAAUUCGAGUUCACAAGCACAAAUAAACUGUGUCAACUUACAGCAAGUCAAAUAUGCCUACUCCUCAAAAUAAAAAUAUGAAUUUACACACACAAUAAUGUUACAUCUUGUACAGCAAAAAUUUCUGUUCACUCUCUUUAACUGUCUAACGCUAUCUGUUUCACUCUAUCUAUCUAAGUCUCACUGCUAAGAAAGUACACAGCUUCUAUGUGUAUGAACCAACUCAGAACGUUCUGGUACAGAAAUUCUCAAAAUUGCUUUACCUAAUGACAUUCUUGAGACAAAAUGAACAGAUUUGAAUGUCAACAACUAUUUCCCAGCCAAGGCAGGGGCAGGUAUGGAAGGAGUGACACAGGUACAUAUGCUCAGUGAUGUCAAUAUCAAGGCCAUACUAAUGAAACAAGUCUAAGAGGUGUUGGCUAAAAAUAAAUUUGUGUUGCAUUGAAAAACAAGCCAGAUGCUAUAAUAGGUUACACCUAACAAUGUGCACCUAGAUCUUCAGUAUACCUUACCACAUGAUAAUUUUUUUUUUUUUACGUACACAAGAAAAUUCUUGUACAUGUUUGUGUAAGCAAUGAAACAAAUGUAAACAAUUCAUAAGUCAAGUUAAAGUCAUGUUUAAUAAUUAUUGGUAGUCCUAAACUACACAGAAGGUAUACUGUGCUAAGCACUAAAUUCCUCUGACAAUAUGAAAAAACAAGAUACAAUGAUUUGCUUAAAAAGGGCGGGGGUAAAUGUUUUUGUUUUAAAACUAGCAGCAUACCCUCCAUCUUACUGUAUAGAACUGUGGUUAAGUAAAAUAUUAGCAGUUGCCAAUUUCCUUUACUUUUGCUGAUAAAACCAUUCUAACUGAAGAAACACAUUGUGUAACUAGCAGCUAUUUCCCUUCCACAGGAAAUGAAAGAUAACUCCUUCCCCCUGUUCCUGACAUCCAGACAUUUUUUACUUAUCCUUGACGCUUCUGUUGAUGGGCAAGCAUUUUUUCCUCGAGAUGAAGACCUGGGGAUGAAACUGUAUAUGCCUGGCUGGGAGCCACAGGA